AUGCCUCGAGACUCCCAGAUAUUGACGCCGUAUUUGCACGUGAGACUCAACGCUCGCACAGCGCGUUGCUUCGGCGACCAUGCUACCUACAAUCUCGACUGCACUCAGGAAGUGCCCCUCAACGCCAUAAUGUUCACCAGCAAGACUGAAGGAGACAACAAGGAAAUGACGCAAGAAGUACCCUCUGUGCUUGACGCGCCUGUUAGUGUACUGGAAGAUGGGUCGCUCGACCCAGUGUACGAAGGCAAAGCGAAAGUUCUGAAUAAGGCUAUCCAAGACAUCGGCAUGGGAAAAUAUCAGUGGCAGUUGUUUAUCGUGAUCGGUUUCGGCUGGUCCAUGGAUAAUCUAUGGCCCAUCGUAACUUCCUUGAUCUUCACCCCGAUUAGAAACGAAUUCAAUCCGACACGAGCACCGUUCCUGACAUUGGCGCAAAAUAUCGGCCUCCUCUUUGGCGCUGUCUUUUGGGGCUUCGGCUGUGACAUUUUCGGUCGUCGAUGGGCUUUCAAUCUGACUAUCGGCAUCACGGCUAUCUUUGGGAUGGCUGCAGCAGGCAGUCCGAACUUUGCUGCCAUUGGGAUUUUCGCUGCACUGUGGUCAGUUGGCGUGGGCGGUAAUCUACCUGUCGAUUCAGCAAUCUUCCUCGAAUUCCUGCCCGGUACUCAUCAGUAUCUUCUCACAAUUCUAUCAAUCUUCUGGUCGCUCGCGCAGGUCUUUGCGACAUUGGUAGCAUGGCCAUUGCUAGGGAACAUGUCGUGUCAGCAGAUCGAUACUGAGUGUACGAAGAGCAAGAACAUGGGAUGGAGAUACUUCAUGAUUGUUAUGGGUGGCGUGGCUCUAAUCAUGUUUUUCUUCCGAUUCGUCCUUUUCACUCUUUACGAAUCUCCCAAAUUCCUCAUGGGCAAAGGAAAAGACGAGGAAGCUGUCCGUGUGGUCCACGAAGUAGCUCGUCGUAAUGGCAGAACCACAACCUUAUCCCUCGAAGACCUCAAAGUCUGCGAAUCCCUUGCCCUCCCUGGCUCAAGCACCAGCCAGCAAGUCACCGCUACGGCAACUGUCAAGCGCAAGCUGCAAAAGCUGAACACUUCCCACGUCAAAGCACUGUUUGCCACCAAAAAGCUCGCAUUCUCUACUAGCAUCAUUACUGUGGUUUGGGCAUUCAUAGGUCUAGGAUUUCCGCUCUACAACGCCUUCCUCCCAUUCAUCCAAGCCACACGCGGAGCCUCCUUCGGCGAAUCAAGCACGUACCUGACCUACCGCAACACGCUCAUCAUUGCAGUCCUCGGUGUCCCCGGAUGUUUACUCGGCGGCCUUCUUGUUGAGACGCCCCGUGUUGGCCGUAAAGGCACACUCGCGGGCUCCACCAUCCUUACCGGCGUCUUCCUCUUUGGCUCCACGACAGCACUGAAUUCCAAUAGCCUACUAGGCUGGAAUUGCGCAUACAACUUCAUGUCAAACAUUAUGUAUGCGGUUCUGUACGCGUACACGCCUGAGACAUUUGUCACAAAAGACAGGGGAACAGGCAAUGCGAUUACGGCGUCUGCAAACAGGAUCUUUGGGAUCAUGGCACCGAUUGUCGCCAUGUUUGCGAACUUGGAGACGAGUGCGCCGGUUUAUGUUAGUGGAGCGUUGUUCAUUGCUGCGGGAUUGCUCGUGCUGAUUCUGCCGUUUGAGAGUCGGGGAAAGGCGAGUAUGUAG